AUGGGUGGCAUGAACUAUCAUAUUGAGAUCUCAUUCAAUGAUGGAGUCAGCUGGCUAGCGCGCAUUCGAAGAUUCAAUGCCACCUCGCCGCCACUGGAGCUGCGGAAUUAUAUUAUGCACUCUGAGGUUGCGACACUCAAGUUCUUGAGUAAUACCACAGUUCCUGCUCCAAAGGUUUAUGAAUUUAACGUGGAUGAGACGAACCCUGUCGGUGUUGCGUAUAUACUCAUGGAAAAGAUGCCUGGCAAAUCCUUGGACUGGUCUCUUGCUACGGACAAGCAAAAGAGAAAGGUGAUAGACCAACUUGUCGAUAUUUAUAUCGAGCUUCAGACCCAUCCUUUCGAUACAAUGGGCUCUUUGGUUAUGGAUGAAUUUGGUUCUCAACACGCUGGACCAUUUGCUAGCGAAUCCAUGAGCGACUACACAGAUUCUCUGAAAAUACUUGGACCCUUCUCUUCUCUGGAAGGGUAUUACACUGCGCACAUUGAAUUGAUAUUGGACUUGAUUAUCCGACAAGAGUUAUAUGCACUUCGACCAGUGGACGCCUUUUUGAUACACCUCUAUCUUCUGGAAAACCUUUCAGCAAUUCUCAACAACGAUCUAGAUGAUGGAAAGUUCUAUUUGAAGCAUGCGGAUGAGAAGGGAGACCAUAUUCUCGUGGACGAUGAAUUUAACAUCACAGGAAUUGUUGACUGGGAGUGGGCGCACACUGGUCCCAGAUCCAUGGCAUUUAAUUCACCUAUUGCUCUUCUUCCAGUUGCUCUGUUUUACGAUGGGGAUAAUCACUUGAGUGAAGAUGAAAUGAUUUUUAGUCAGUUGCUGGAGGGAAAAGGACAUCCUGAUCUUGGGGGCAUAGUUCAGAAGGGGCGGCUUCUUCAUCGAUUACACUUUUGCUGUGGUUAUGACAGUCGUGACUGGGAUGGAUAUGUCGGGAUAUUUAUGGGACUUGUUAGGGCUCUGCGCAUUGAGGAUUCACACUCGAAUUGGGAGACUUGGAAGGUAGAGGCCAUGGAGCGGUUCGGUGGUGACUAUCGGCUGAAAUCUCUUGUCGGCUAG